AUGGCUUCCCGUGGUCUUCCCCGUGCCUUCCGCCUGGCCCGUGUGGCCGCUCCUCGCUCCGUCGUCACCGCCGCCCUCCCCCGCCCGGCGCUGGCCUCGGUCGCCCGCCGUGCCGUUGCCCCCGUUACCCCCGUCCGUGGCAUCAAGACCAUUGACUUCGCUGGUGUGAAGGAGGACGUCUACGAGCGUGCCGACUGGCCCCAGGCCAAGCUCCAGGAGUACUUCAAGAACGAUACCCUGGCCCUCAUCGGUUACGGCUCCCAGGGCCACGGCCAGGGUCUGAACUUGCGUGACCAGGGCCUCAACGUCAUCGUCGGUGUCCGCAAGGAUGGUGCUUCCUGGAAGGAGGCCAUCCAGGACGGCUGGGUUCCCGGCAAGAACCUGUUCGAUGUCAACACCGCCAUUGAGAAGGGUACCGUCGUCAUGAACCUUCUCUCCGAUGCCGCUCAGUCCGAGACCUGGCCCGCCAUUAAGCCCCUGAUCACCAAGGGCAAGACCCUCUACUUCUCCCACGGUUUCUCCCCCGUCUUCAAGGACCUCACCAAGGUCGACGUCCCCGAGGGUGUCGACGUCAUCCUCGUCGCCCCCAAGGGCUCCGGCCGUACCGUCCGCACCCUCUUCCGUGAGGGCCGUGGUAUCAACUCCUCCAUCGCCGUCUACCAGGACGCCACCGGUAAGGCCAAGGAGAAGGCCAUCGCCAUGGGUGUCGCUGUCGGUUCCGGCUACCUCUACGAGACCACCUUCGAGAAGGAGGUCUACUCCGACCUGUACGGUGAGCGUGGCUGCCUGAUGGGCGGUAUCCACGGUAUGUUCCUCGCCCAGUACGAAGUCCUCCGUGAGCGCGGCCACACUCCCUCCGAGGCCUUCAACGAGACCGUCGAGGAAGCCACCCAGUCCCUCUACCCCCUGAUCGGUGGUUACGGUAUGGACUGGAUGUACGCUGCCUGCUCCACCACCGCCCGCCGUGGUGCCAUUGACUGGUCCAGCCGCUUCAAGGACAACCUGAAGCCCCUCUUCAACGAGCUCUACGACUCCGUCCGUGACGGCACUGAGACCCAGCGCUCUCUCGACUACAACUCGCAGAAGGACUACCGCGAGAAGUACGAGAAGGAGAUGCAGGAGAUCCGCGACCUCGAGAUCUGGCGCGCCGGCAAGGCCGUCCGCUCCCUGCGUCCCGAGAACCAGAAGUAA